GCCCUCUCCUCCCAAUCUAGGGUUCCAAGUCGAAAAGCCCCAAAAUCGCCUCGAGUCGGAAGCUAGGGUUCCAAAUCGAUCGAAAAUCACCAAAUCGCUUAGACCGAGAGAUGGCGACUGCCGGCGUGGAAGAUCUGUUCGAGGGUCUGGCUGUGUCAGGGACAAUGCCGGUGCGUUGCGGUCGGAAGAACAAGAAGGGGUCUUCUUCCAGUGCGCGUUCGCAGGAGGUGGAGGUGGCGGAGGUGCCGAUGCCGUCGCGUCGUGGUGGAGAGAAGGGAUUUCCCAAGGCAGCACCGCCGCGUCGUGGUGGCGACAAGGGAUCGUCGCGUCGUGGUAAAGAGAAGCGAUUUCCCAAGGGCGGUUCGCAGGAGGAUGCAGUGAUCAAGACCGGGCGUCUCGAUCGGAAAAAGGGGUUCAGGAAGGCCGGUUCGGAGGAGGAGGAGAAGAAGAAGAGGAUGCCUGAAGAGAUGGUGAACGACAUCCUGUCCUGGGAAAAGCCUCCCCGCUUCACAAUGUUCAAGUCCGCCGGCUUCUUCAACAAGUUGAGGGAUGAACUCUUCGAGUAUCAGCAGGAGAUCAAGGAGGAGGUGGAGGAGAAGGGCUACGCUGAGCUCCCCGACGACUUCAAGGAAUAUACCAAGGAAGCUGACAUUAAGGCUUACAGAAAGGCAUACCUUAAGGUGUUUGGCACUGAACCGCCGCCUGAGCUCUGCUCUCUCUGAUCUGGAUCUGAGGAGGUCUCUUAUUUUACUGUCUAUCUACCCCUAGUAGUGAUAACUGGAUAACUGAAGUACUAUAGUUUGCACUCUGUUACUCAAUCUGAGGUCUUUGUUGUUUUACCAUCUAUCUAUCUAUGCACUGUAAUAUCUAUGCACUGCCGCCAACCUCUAAAAUUACCAUCUAUCGUAUCUUUUUCA